GUCCAUUGAAAACCAGCUGAUUUGAGUUGACAAUAAAAUGUUCCGGUGCAAACAAGCUGUUUUAGCUGUAAAUUCGAUAAAAUAUUGUGUAGUUUUGCCUCAAAGGUUUUAAACAAUACCGAAUUCAAUUCGGUAGCAAUGGAAAAUGAUAUAAGGACUGACAAAUAUCAAUCUAUACCGUCAGAUACUGAAAAGCUCGAGAAUGAUUUAAACAAUGGUACGGCUACGGGUACGGGAGAAAAUGUUGAAGAAAGUGAAUGUUCUAACACAAUUAACGAACAGGAAGUAAAGGAUUCAAAUGAAAAGGAAUUUCACAAAGAUAAUGAUCUCAUUAACAUCACCAUUAGCGAAAAAGCGAAAAAUAUUAUUAAUUCAAUAUUAGAACAAAUAAAGCAACUGUCACAGGUGGAAAAAUUUCUUCUGUUUCUAAAAUUACCAUCGGAAGUAACAAAUGCUGUAGAUCCCUUCAAACAGACCAUAAAUCCUCUUGGUAGUAGAUCAGAAAUUACCAGAACCAUAUCUUGGAUCAAGACACACUUACAAGAAGAUCCGGAUAUAUCUCUGCCAAAACAAGAAGUGUACAAUGAAUAUCAUAAUUACUGCGCGAACAACACUAUCAAAUCAUUAUCUCAAGCAGAUUUUGGAAAAGUAAUGAAACAAGUUUAUCCAAAAAUCAGAGCUCGAAGAUUAGGUACAAGAGGAAAUUCAAGGUAUUGUUACUCCGGUUUAAGACGAUGUACUAAAUUAAAAUCUCCAUUAUUACCAGACCUGGCUGAUAAACCAUUGUUCGCCGAAGGUUCAUUCAGCCAAUCAAGUUUGGCUUCAGCUGCCUGGUUGAUUGUAAAGGAAUGGUCCGAGUGCCACUUCACCCAACAAUUUUCAUCUAUUCAGUGUUUGGCGUACCAUUUAAUUUUAAACCAUCUUGUUGGUACAGGAUCGGAAGCUGCAUCUAAAAUUAGUGCUGCUGGAAUGUCAUCAUCUAAAGAUGACGGAACUGUAAAGGUUACAAAACACAGAGAGAUGCAGUUGCAGCUUCAAAGGAAAAUUCAAGAGAGGCACGAAGGAAGGGAACGUAAGAAACGAACACAGUCACCUAAAUCAGAACAAAAACCAGGCGUUAAAAAGUCCCGUUCGCAAAGCGUUCCCGCCCAGAACGUAACGACCAACUUUUCUCCGACGACUACAAACGGCAAUGUCAACUUGCUAAGUGGAGAAUGCAGCAGCACAACCAGCAGCAGUAGCAGCACCAGCCCAACUCAGGCGAAAAUUAUCUGUGAUAAAUCACUGGAUUUCAAUCAGCUACCUGACUUCAACAGUUUCCAAAAGCCGGCAGUAGAUGGCGAUACCAUGGGCAGUUCUGAACAGGACCCACAGCUGGUGAUACACACAAAUAACAACAAAGUUCAAUUACCGAAACUUCAACCAGUAUCAUCAGAUUUGGUCCCGUGUCUGGAAAUGCCCUCGCCCAGCAAAAAACAAUUAAAGUACAAAUCGGUCCGGCCCAGACUGCAACCUUGUGAUAUUGCGUCGUACAACCCGCAGCCGCUGAUAUUGCCAGAGGCUGAGGCUGAACACAGAUCUCAACAUAAUAUACAUGAUAUAGCUAGAAUUAAGGAAAGAAAUAGUGAUGAUGAAUGUGAUGUCCCUGAUUUUCCGUUAACCAGGGAAAGACUCAAUAGUGUCAGCAGUGUCGAUAAAGAUGCCAUGGAUGAGUAUUUGGGUACAAAUAAUAGUCAGCAUGAAGAAGAACUGUCAAAAUACUUCUGCAACAAUAACUUUCCAGAAACAACAGAAUCGGAAGAUACAUCAAAAUUAUCAACGCUUAGGCAGCUGCUUGUUCAAAAUAUCGUAGACACCAAACCGUCAAUAUUAGAAAACAGGGUAGUGGAACCAAAAAGUGUUUCCUUUCCAAAUACUUGUCAGAAUCAAAUGCCAGUACAAACUAAUUUUACACAUGUUAAUCCUAUGAAUUUUCAAGAACUUUCUAUUACAAAUGCUAACGUUAAGAGAAGGGUCAGUUUUGAAAUGUCCGCCUCGGAGAACUCCGUACCUCCGAGUCCAAAUACAAGAAGGAAAAAUUUCAGUUUUACUCCUAUAUCACCGGGUCCACAAUCUCCAAGUGGCAUACAUUCUAAAUGUUCUAGUACAUCAGUAAGUCCUUUCGUCAGUCCUAGAAGUACGCCUAUUUUAAGAAGCAAGCCGGCUCAUCAAAAUGCAUGUAUACUAAAGAAUGAAAUUCGAAAAUAUUUAAAAGUCAAAAGAGAAAUUGAUCUCACUAUAGAGAUUCCUCCCGAAAAUCAGCCUGGCUUGCAUUCGACCGCCAUGUCAGCGCCUCCAAGUCCUAUAAUGAAUAAUAAGUCUGUCCUGCAAAAACUAUUAAAUUCAACUAGCAAAGUGUCUUAUAAUCCCAGUUACACAGCAGUUAGAAAAAUUCCUAUUCCUCCUAAAACUUCACCGGAAGUUACUCAGUUUUUAACAUCAAAUGUAGAAUCAAAUUUAGAAGGGUACAGAUCUAGGUCUGUACCAUUACACAACAUGAUUAAUCCAGUUAAUAGUGUGUUUAUAUCAACAAAUAAUUUGUCCGAAAUCGCUUCAAUACCGGAACAAGACCCCGAAGAAGUUAAAAAUAUUUUAAAUUCUGGAAAUCCUCCCAACGAGCCAAUGGACAUUGUAGGUAUGAAUAUUGUUUCCAACAACAUGAAUUUAAGAGAGUUUGGUUUUAAGUUAUUUAACAACGGCUUAGAUGGUAGCGAGUUUUCUCAACAAACGUACGCAAGUCCGAGAUUAGUCCGUUCGCAAAGCAUCAAUGAAGAAAUCAGUAUACCGCAAGUUUUACCUUCUCGGUCUGUUCCCAGCACACCUCUACCAUUCAAUAAACCUCCAAAAAUAAAUUACAAUAACUCUAGAUCGUACCCUUCGACACCUUUAAACAAUGACGAAACAUUUACAUACAACCUAAACGGAGAUUGUCUUUUGAAUGGGCAGCCGAUCAGAAACGACAUGGUGGAGGGUUUGAGCUAUCUUCAGGACAUCGAAGUGAACGGGGACAAUACAGUGGAAGCGUUGCCCCAUGACAUAACCACUGAAUUCGAUAUUGUUGAGAACGAGAGUCAGCUGUUGAAUGCGGGGUUGAUUGAAGCCACUUUUACUGAUAACAUUGAGUAGGCAGGUGAAAAAAAACUGAUAAAUGUUAAACUGAGGAUCAAUUGUCAAGUUAUUUAAACAU